UAGGGUUACUCUUUCUCCCCUUUCCUCUACUUCUGGGUUAAGAGUCAGAUUCAGCUGCUGAUUGAAUCUGACUCUUCAUUGAAUUUUAAUAGGCGCGAGAAUAACGAAGGGUGCUUCUUUUACAAAAAUCAACAUGGAUCAACAUGGGACCCAAAGUAAUAUUAUAAGGCCAGUGUGGCUUAAGGAAUUUCUUGGGGGUAAUUUCUUUCAAUCAUGUUCUCUUCACCAAACACGUAGAAAUGAGUUAAAUAAGUAUUGUAUUUAUUGCAAUAAGUUAUGCUGUCAAUUUUGUGUAUCUUUUGGUCUUCAUCGCCAUCAUAAGAUGCUUAAAGUGUCUAGACAUGUUAACAAGGAUGUUGUCUCCCAGCGUGCAAUGGAGAAGUACUUUGAUUGUUCCCAAAUUCAGACAUACAAAAGCAACAGGCGAUUGGUUGUUUCUCUGAAUCCUCUCGAUCUCUUUGAGUUAUCACCAAAUGCUGAAGAAUCAUGCAAAGCUUGCAGCAAAAAGUUGAAUGAACCUCAUUUAUAUAGCUACUGCUCCAUUUCUUGCAAGGUUGUAGCACUUUCGAAAAAGCCUGAACCUGAGGAUCCUGCUAGCGUAAUAAUAAUCGAGUCUUCCUCAGGACCUUCUAGCGGGAGUCCUCCUCAUUCUCGUCCUCGUCCCUGUCCUCUUCUUCGGCAAACACAGGAGAGAGCUCCUGAACCUUCCAAAAGAAAAAGGAAAAGAAAGGGAAGCCCCCAUAGAAGCCCCUUACAAUAAAAGCUUCAAGUGGUUCACAUAUAUACUAUUCAUGUUGUAAUGAAGUUUAAAACUAUUUUUUAUUUUUGUUUAAUGAUUUAUAUCUCCUUAUUAUUAUGGA